AUGAAGUUAAAGAUAUCUUUUUUUAAAGAACCAAAACAUGUCGGCGUUGUCACCUGCGUCAGCUGGAACAACACAGAAGAUGUAUUUUCGUGCGGAGAUGACCACAAACUGCUUAAGUGGAAUCUAGUGAAUGGCGAAUGUUUAACGGUUACUACAUUACCAGAAGACUUUUAUCCUACUUGUAUGCACUUAUUUCCUAAAAUCAAUAUCGGAAGUAGCAAACACCAGAAUGAUGUUAUAUUAAUUGCUUGUGCCGAUGGGAAAUUUCACAUUGUCAAUAACAACGGCCGCAUAGAAAAAAGUGUAAUUGCUCACCAAGGAGCUUGUUUAGGUGCACAAUGGAGCCCUGAUGGAGCCGGAUUGCUUACAGCUGGUGAAGAUGGUUUUGUUAAGGUUUGGUCUAGAAAUGGUCUUUUACGUUCUACUGUGGUACAAUCAGAUGAACCAUGCUACAACUCCAUAUGGAGUCCCGAUAGCAGUGCCAUUUUAUACACGAAAGGGAAUUCGCUUGUGAUUAAGUAUUUAAAUUCUAGCACUAAGUUAACUAAGUGGAAGGCCCAUGAAGGCGUUAUUUUGAGCGUAGCAUGGAAUGCAAACAAUAAUUUAAUAAUUUCCGGCUCUGAAGAUGGAUAUUCCAAGAUUUGGGAUUCGUUCGGUCAACAGAUAUCUGUUAGUGUUAAACAUGAUCAGCCUAUAACAAGUGUGAACUGGUCUCCCGCUGGAGAUAUGUUUAUCAUCGGUAGCUAUAAUUUGAUUCGGCUUUGCAAUGCUAAUGGCUGGUCUCAUUGUCUCGAUCGACCUUCAACUGGUAGUAUCUACAGUAUAGCAUGGUCAUCAGAUGGCACACAAUUAGCUGCUGCAUGCGCUAAUGGACACGUUCUCUUUGCGCAUAUAAUUGACAGAGAGUUUACUUGGAAGAAUUUUGCUUGUACCCAAACUGGACGUAAAGUGAUUUCCAUUAAAGAUAUUCUAACAGACCAAAGUGAUCAAUUAGAUUAUCCAGACAGAGUUAUACAAAUAGCACUAGGAUUCAAUCAUUUCGUUGUUGCUACAGUUAAACAAUGUUUCAUACAUAAAUUGACGUCAUGGAAUACACCCGUAACAUUCGAUCUAAAAGAAGGGACGAUUAACAUGAUUUUAUUGGCAGAAAAAUGUAUUUGCGUAAUUGAAAGAGCCGGUGUCUCGAUAUAUAGUUAUAUGGGACGAUUACUAGCAAGUCCUCGUUGUGGUUCACGACCCGAAACCUUAGGAAGGGCUGCAGUAUCGCUAGGACCCGACUCAUUUGCUUUAGUGGAUCAGACUGAUAGAAAAGUAAUUCACGUCCAUGACUUACCAACCGGUUUGAUAGUCCGAAGUUCUAACGAGAAUGCAGUUACAAAGUUGGUACAUAAAAUGACAAUAUCAAACAUAGCGUUGAGUCAAGCUGGACCUAUCAGUGAGAGGCAGCUUGCAUUGUUAGAUUAUAACAGAGAUUUAUAUGUUGUCACUGUCAAAGAUCCCAAGCCUAAAUUUGUUAAAUUGGGGUCUCAAAUUUUAAGUAUUUUAUGGAGCGCAGAAACGGAAUUGUUAGUUGGAUUGCGAGCGAAUUCAGUUGUUGCUUGGUGUUGUCCGCGAGCCGCUAAGCAACCUGACUGGCUUGCACUUACUACAAUCAGUAAAGAUAUUAGUGAUCUAGGACGAAAUCCAAGUAUAGUAAGUAUUGAAGAUGGCGUAGUAUGUAUCUGUCGUGGAAAUGGAUCCUUAUCACACGUGUCACUUGCUGACUUUCCAGAGAAACUGUUGAAAUAUGUUGCUUUAAAUUUGUGGCAGGAAGCUUUACAGCUAUGUCGUACCGUCGAAGAUGAAACGCUAUGGGCGUGUCUUGCUGUGUUGGCCUGGCAAUACAAUCAACUAGCUGUUGCAGAAGAAGCAUUUGCUAUUAUACACCAGUAUCAUCAAGUCUGCUACAUUCAACAUUUGAGAAGUACUAUUCCGGAGAAACUAACAGCGUAGAAGCAGUACUAUAAACGUAAUGCUGUGUAUUAACUAAAUAUGAUUAUUACAUCGUACAAUUGGACCAUCAUAUAUUAGUUAUUUAUACCAUUAUAAUAAUAAAUAAUAUAAAAAUUAAA